GGGCGAUACUCUAGUACGCAUACAUACGAGCCUCUCACUCAAUAUUAUAUAGGAACAAAAUAUAUAUCGAGCACCACCCUCGUCCACACUCUUCUCUUGAAGGCCAUCAAUGGCGGCCAAGACUAAGGCACCAGCUGGUACUCCGGUCGGCCCCGUCCCUUUCGCGGACGUCGAGACCGACCCAGGCUUGGUCUCCCCAGUGCCGGAGCAGCUCCCGGAAGAGCACGCCGCCCUGCCGAGCGCGUCCGCGUUCAACGGCCGGAUGAACAUCCGUUGCUACCAGGGCUUCUGGCUGCCGGAUUACUUCGCCGCCGCGGCCGUCGCCCUGCAGCGCCGCUUCGAGCCCUGCCGCAACGACGUAAUCGUCGCAAGCUUUCCCAAGUCCGGCACCACGUGGCUUAACGCCCUGGCGUUCGCCACCAUGGCACGGCGGGCUUAUCCGGCCGCCGACGCCGGGCAUCCGCUGCUACGCCUCAACCCGCACCAGUGCAUCCCUUUCCUGGAGAACCUCUUCCGGAGCCGCGCGGAGGCCGCCAAGCUCGAGGCGCUGCCGUCCCCGCGCCUAAUGAACACGCACAUGCCGCUCGGCAUGAUAAUGCCGGGCGCCGGCGGGUGCAAGGUCGUCUACGUGUGCAGGGAGCCCAAGGACAUGGUCGUCUCGUUGUGGCACUUCCUCCAGCAUGUGCAUCCAGACCUGGCGCUGGCCGACGUCCUCGACUCCGUGUGCAGCGGCGCGGUGCCGUAUGGACCCGUCUGGGACCACAUCCUCGGCUACUGGCGCGCCAGCAUCGCGAGGCCAGACGCCGUGCUCUUCUUGCGGUACGAGGAGCUGCUGCGCGACCCCGCCGGGAACGUCAGGGAUCUGGCGCGGUUCGUCGGGCUGCCGUUCUCCGACGAGGAGGAGGACGCCGGCGUCGUCCAGGACAUCGUCAAGCUCUGCAGCUUCGGUCACCUCAAGCCCUUGGAAGCCAAUUCGACGGGCCAGCUGGAUCCCCUCGUCCCGGUGCCGCGCGAGGCGCUGUUCAGGAAGGGCGUGGCCGGCGACUGGGCGAACCACAUGACGCCGGAGAUGGCGCGACGCCUCGACGAAAUCGUCGCCGACAAGUUCCAUGCGACCGGCCUCACUUUUCAGUGAUUCGAGACGACUCCCGUCCCCCAUACACUAUCAUGAUUUCUCAUGAUCAAGUAAUGUUUGUACUUUCGUAAUCACUAAGCAUGAAUAAUUAGUGGAGUGGUUUUUGUUA